AUUAACAGUGCACAGAAAAACGCGCGUUCGAUAUUGUUUUGGAAGGAAAAAGAAUUAAAAUGCCAAGUCUACUGGAAGCAUGCAGGGAACACUUUUCUACAGAUAAUUUAUAUGAAGUUCUUGGUGUGAAGAAAACAGCCUCAGAGUCUGAAGUGAAGAAAGGGUAUCACAAGGUAUCACUGAAAGUGCAUCCAGACCGUGUACCGCCAGAAGAGAAAGACAGUGCAACUGUGAAGUUCCAGACAAUUGGAAAAGUUUACUGUAUCCUCUCAAAUAAGGAAAAAAGGGCUGUUUAUGAUGAAACAGGUGAGAUAGAUGAUGAGGAUGACGCUAUACCCCAGGACAGAGACUGGACCGCCUACUGGAGAUUGCUGUUCAGAAAAGUCACCACUGAUGACAUUAAAGACUUUGAAAAAAACUACAAAGGCUCUCAAGAGGAACUAGAUGAUCUGAAGACAGCUUACGUGGAGUUCAAGGGAGACAUGGAGGAGAUUCUCAACAAUGUCAUGUGUUCACAUACAGAUGAUGAACCAAGAUUCAGUAAAGUAAUCAAAGAUUGGAUUAAAGCGAAGGAGGUGCCAGCUUUCACAAAAUUUACCAAAGAAACUAAGAAGAGCAAGGAAAAUAGAAAAAGAAAGGCUGUUCAGGAGGCGGCAGAGGCAGAAGAGAUGAAGGAAGAACUGGGGUUAAAAUGUGAUGAUUCUUUGAAAGCACUCAUACAGAAAAGGCAACAGAGCCGGGAACAAGAAAUGAAUGGUUUCUUCGAUCAGCUUGAAGCUAAAUAUGCUCAACCAAAGAAAAGUAAAACAGACAGCAAAGGGAAAAAGAAAGGGAAGAAAUGAUUUGAAUGUGUAACAUUUUAUCUUAGUGUUGAAUGUGAUAUCAUCUAUUUAUAACUCCAGAAACGUUAGAGGGAAAGAAAUGAUUUUAGUAUGUAACAUUGUUUUACAGUGGAAUGUGAUAUCUGUUUGUAACUUGAAGGAAGGAAGUUUAAACAGGGUUAAAGGGCUACCAGAAAAAGAAAUGGGAUAGAAGCUGUGACCUUAUUUUCAGCUUGAAUGUGUUUCCAAAAUAUGUAUUUUAUACAUUGUGCUUUAUGAAAUAGUCUUCAUGUUAUUUUCAUUCAGGUUGGCAGAUUAGAUGAUUUAAGGACUUUAAUGGUAAAUAAUAUGAACUUUUCUUUACCAGAAAAAAAUUGGGUUUUCACCUGUUAGAAAACUGGAUUCUCCUGGAGCUUUUUAGUACAGACAUUGCAGUGCUUGGAUUUCAACAGGGUGAUUGGGAUGUUAUAAUAUAUUCUAAGCACCGUCAGUAGUCCCUCUAUUCUGUAGUUUGCUUGAACUUAAGCUGAAACAAACACAUACACUCACAGUUUUUUUGUGGAUUUGUCAAAGCAAGGGUCUCUAUAUUUUAUAUGAAUAUAUUAUGAUUUUUAAGUCCCUGGCACUGGUAGAAACAUUUUCACUGCUUUGAUAUACCCUAUUUGUCCUAUGCUAAUUGCACUUUCUUAUUUAUUCUAGUCUUGGAAAUUCUAAGAUCUACUAGACAUAAAAUAACUGUUGACAAAAGUUGUUUUUCAAAAAAUAAAUUGGUGCCAUUAAGAUUCCUUAAACUUACUAUCCUAUGUCUUUUAUAUUACAAGAGAUAUUUAACUGAAAUAAAUGUCCUCAUGAGCAUAAUAUCUCGGCCAAAUUCAGGAACCAUCUGGGUGUUCCAAGUCUGUCUGAAGUAGUGACUCUAAUUGCUCUGACUUCAGCAGUUCUUAUCCAGUGUUUCAUAAAGAACUAAGGCUAUUAUCUUGAGUAAGUUCAAUAACCAGCCAGAUAGUCUUUGUCACUGGUGUUGCAGCCCUUGAAUUAGUCAAAAUUGUAAAAAUUGAAACUCAUUAAGUAGGGUAUUUUUUUUUGAAGUCAGUGCGAGUUUGCUGCAAGAGGCAUAUAUUUUGACAGUUAAGCACUCGUGUAAUAUUCAAGUGGUAUGGAAUCUUGUUAUGAGGGUAGAUCCAGAAGUAAUGUCACUAUCCAUAGCGCAUUUAUUCAUCAUUGAAUUAUUAUAGAAAUUAGAUCAAGAUGUGAGCUAAUUCAGUUAUGAUUACACGGAUAAAUAUUUUGUUCUAGGUUUGUUUCAUUUAAAAUAUAAUUAUAUAUAGAACUUCAAAGUUCACCACUGACCACAUUUUGCUGCACGCAGAAAUAAUGUGUCUUUCAUAAACAGUAACAAGAGCUCUGCCAAGCGGGGCAAUAUAUGCCUGAAGGGUUACAUCAAGAGGAUGGGAGCAAAAUUUAAAGAACUUGACUGUUGAAGCCCAAAGGACAGGAACAACAAGUCGGCAAAAAAUAUUCUAAGUCCACAAAAAAAAAACCUUACCAGGUACAGGUAUGUCAAAAUACACCUAUUAUUGGAGGUACCAUCCAUGUUGUACCACAGAAAAGUGGUCUUGGUUUUUCCCUACAGUCAAUAAUAAAGAUUCAAAAUAAGCUAUAAUCUAUAGUAACGUAAAAGGGAAGUAAUUAAAAAAAAAUUUUUUAUUGUAAGUGAACAAAAAUGGGAUCUGCUAAAUAAAAACAAGAGCACUGCAAUGCAGAGCAAUAUACACAAAGCAGUCAUCUGUGACCUUGACCUUGAAGUGAGUCAUCCGAAACCUGCGCUCUGCAUGUCGUCUAGGUGUGGUGAAAAUUUGUGCCAAGUUUCUUUGAAAUCCUUCAAGCAGUUCAAGAGUUACAGAGCUUACACAAAACAAACAGAUACGAACUUUGACCCCUAAGUGUGACCUUGACCUUGAAGCGAGACACCCAAAACAUGCGCUCUGCACGUCGUCUCUGUGUGGUGAACAAUUGCUAACGGACAGACGUACACCAAGGUUAUAACAUAAUACGUCCCUUUGGACGUAUAAAAAACAACCAGAAACAAUCACCAAUUGACAUCGAAACAACAUGCCUACUCAUAUGAAAUUAUAAUGAUUUGUAGUUAUACUUUUUAGUAGUUAAGUAUAACAAUAAACUAUGGUGGCAUCCUUGUUGAUUAAAAUUUGUUAUUUAGUGUUAAGGUUUGUUUUUGCUUGUCAACAAACAUCAGUUUCUGACUUCAAUAAUGUCAGUGACGUGUUAUGAUCUUUGUUACCAUGCUUUCUGUGCAUGUUGAUAUCUCGAUAAGUAAGUAACAGUAUUUUAUCAUAUUUUCAAAAAGUACGCAAAUAGAUUAUGCUUCUUGGGUAGGUAUUUUAGUUGUUUUCUUUCCAAUAUAUACAUUUUUAUGGCUUCAGUGAAAUUACUUUUGGAUCAGCCCUCAUAUUUCUACUUUUGAAUGCGUGGCUAUUAAAAUUUUUUCCUGUCUCAAGUAUAAUCAGUGUUUACCAGAUAUCAUUUAGACUUGGCUACAUGCCUUAGUUCUUUAUGGAAAGUUUUCUUGAAGUCUGCAGGCAAAAGUAACUUGGCAGAAAUGUUCCUUUGGUAUACCAUGUCUUGUGAAACUCUGGUUUGCAAUUUAGGGACAUCAAAGCCCAAUUGUUUGUCAGAUUCUUUUGAUAGAGUGCAUAAUUUGUAGUAAUUUAAUGUUGAUACGUUUUAUUGUAAAUGAAAUAAAAGAAUAAUUUAAGUUACUGGAAUGCUAAAGUGUUUGUCUUUAACAGAUAAAGCAGCACAACUCCUCGAGUCCAUUGUGAAUAGUAUUUUCUGUUCAACUGUAUAGUUAACAAACUGUGUGCAUGUGUAUUAAGAAUAAAGACUGCCACCAUAAAGAAUAAUACAUUUUCAUGCAAUUCUAGGAGUGGAAUGGGAAGUAAAUCUUGUUGAAAUUCUU